GUAACCUGUGGAGGCAGACUGCAGCUAUAGUCACGACGCCCGUUGCCGUUGAGACCGGCUUCAAAAAAGCGAAGGCUUCGCGUUCACACACUGACCCACACACCGACGCUUGAGUGUGCUUGUGUGUGCCUGGUUUGGGUCUCACUUAAGCGGAAGUGCGCCAGCUCCAAUAUAUGCUAUUAGACGAUGGAUUCAGGGUCGUGUGGUGGUGGAUGCAGCUUCCACGGGUACGGUGCCAUUACUCUUGCAGCCCCGGCGACGGUGACAACACGGAUCGUACCAAACCGGUUGGUAUUGAGCGUGAUCGGAACCGUUCGAGUAGAGACAACAACAACAACAACAGCCACCACAUUGUUCCACGCGGGGAUUCAUCGUGGAGAAGGGGAUCCGCACAACCACCGUCGCGUGACGAUCGAACCUAAGCUAAACCGCUCCAACCGUGCAGUUUCCUUCCAAACAGCUACUCGAUCGGAUCGCUAAAGUCGGUGAUCGCGGUGAUUCGCGCGCGGUAAAAUGUUAGCUUUACACAAUUAGUGACUUACUGUGUGUGUGUGUGUGCUGUUUUUUUUUAUAACGAAUUGAUAGUUACGUGUGUUUUCGGCUUUUGGAGUUUAUUCGUGCGUCGAAACAAAAACAAAAAUGGUGGAAACACAAGUCGUCGUUCCACCAACAUCACACCCGAAACCAACCACAACGGUGACAACAACAACCAUUACAGCAACAGCAGCGGUAACCGAUGCGGAACCAAUCGCUCCAUCGACCGAAGAUCAUUACGAUCCUUCCGUACGGAUAUUGCACAUACCGAAGCAGACGGACGGAUCCUGCGGGUUUCAUCUCACCCGCAGCAAAUGGGAUCCAUAUCCUUGGGUCAGUGGUGUUGAUGCAGACUCACCGGCCGAAGUGACCGGGUUGAAGGUUGGUGACUGUGUGCUGGAGGUCAACAACGAGGAUGUCCUUGGUAUGCGUAUCGCCGAGGUGGCCGGUAUGGUCCGGUCCAAGGCGGACAUUGUGACGUUGCUGCUGUGGAGCACUGGCAUGGAACCGGCCUGCAAUCCAGAAUCGCUGUGCUGCGGCCCGAUGCCAAUCAACCUGGAACGGUUAACGGCCAGCAUGCAGACGAUCGUGGCCGCGCUGGAAUGCCCCGUUUGCUUCGAUACCAUCCCACCGCCCGUGUUUCAGUGCCAGAACGGACAUCUGGUGUGUUCCCGGUGCCGGGUGCGUGCGGAACGUUGUGCCAUCUGUCGCGAACGUUACACUGUCGGCCGUUCGCUGCUGGCGGAACAGGUCUACCAAUCCAUAACGGAGGCGUUUAAUCUGCGCGAGGGAACGGAUGGGAAGCUGCGCGAGCGUCUGUUCGGUGCCCGGUGUACUCGGCAACCGAAGCGUGCCACCUCGUGCGACCGGAAGAAAAGUCCGUACGGCAGUGACAGCCAUCUGGUGCCUACCGGGCGACCGAUACACUCGCACACGCACAAGUUCCUCGCGCGCAUCAUGGGCAAGGCCAGCUCGGUGGACAACCUGAGCAAGCACCACGGCCAGCACGCACAGCCACCGGAUGUGGUGGGCGAUCUGCAAGCAUCGAAAGGGAAGUCAUUGUCCUUGUCAUCGAGCGAAAUAUUCAAGCGCGAUAAUUCCGUAUCGGUGCUGCGAUGUCCUUCGGCGAACCGAUUGGCGCCGGAACUGUCCGCUUCCUACAACAGUCUCACGAUUCGUCGACCAACGUCGUCCAUGUCGUGCAAUGUGUCGGUGGAAAGUCUUAGCAGCAUUCCCGAGAAUGGUAUUCACCUGACCGUUCCGGCACGUCCGGCCCAGUUGUCCUACAAUUGUCCUUGCGGCGAGUACUGUAGUGAUGUAAUUGCCGCGCCGGAGCUGCAGGAGCACGUCACCGUGCAUCAUCGUACGCCGGUCAUAUCGUUCGGGACCGCCUCGGCCGAAAUAUCUCUCCCACCGCGAACACCGGUUGAUAAUGCCUGUCUGCUGUUGCUGCUGGAUGGACAUAAAUUUUGGUUAAAACUAAUCUCCGACACAAGCACCGUGGGUGACAUUUUUCUGUCGGCCUUGCUGGAGGGCAGCUCGGAGCAGAGCAAAAAUUAUGCACUGGAGGUCAUUAUUCGCAAGGAAGGGUUCGACCACAUUCUCGGCAAGGAGCUCAUCUCCCGCUCGGAGGUGUACUCGAUGGUGGACAAGUCGUGGAACGAUCUGGUCAACACGAAGGCGGGCGUGUUCUAUACCGGCGUGUGCAUACGGGCCACCUUUAGCCCGGAUACGGAAAUCUUACUGAAAGCAUCCAUCAAACGUCUCGCUGACCUUUAAGGUCGCGCGAGAGGAUGUGAGCCCGUUUGUGUGUUAUGUAUCGUUGAGACGGAUGAAAUAUGAUAUGGUAAGCGUAUUAGUGUUUGAUAGUAUGCUAGAAUGUAAUAUUUGUUAAUAAACCACUCGUUAUAGUGCACUUCCGGGGAAGCAUUGCAUCGAUCCGAUAA